AUGGAGCCUGCGUUUGAUGAGGUGCAGUCCUUUCAGGACGCAGAUCGCGGUUUUAUUGAUCGUCUUGAUCCAUGUAUCAUCAAAGACGGCUCAGGUCGAGUCGUCUGGGAUAAUGAGAUCUACAACUUCCUGUCUGAGCCUGUCCCAGAAACUGCCAGCCCGAAAUUAUGGCGACAGGCUCAACUUGUUGCCAGACAAGGUCUUUACAAGGUUGUUGAUGGCAUUUACCAGAUCAGAGGCUUCGAUCUCUCCAAUAUGACGGUGAUUGAGGGGACCAAAGGGAUCAUUGUGAUCGAUCCUCUUACUUCGGCAGAGUGUGCAAAGGCUGCCCUUGAGCUUUAUCGCAAGAACCGUGGUGGCAACAAAGCCGUGAAAGGCAUGCUCUACACGCACUCUCACGCUGAUCAUUUUGGCGGAGCAGAGGGCAUAUUAUCCAGAAGCGAGGCGACUCAAGUUCCAGUAAUUGCUCCUCAUGGGUUCCUCGAGCAUGCUGUCAGUGAAAACAUCUUCGCAGGCAAUGCCAUGGCUCGCAGAGCUGGAUACAUGUAUGGAAACGAAUUGCCCAAAGGUCCCCGGGGCCAGAUCAGUGCCGGACUCGGUGCAACUGUCUCCUCAGGCACCACUACCAUCGUCCCACCAAAUAUCAAUGUUACUCACACGGGUCAGACUGAGAUUAUCGAUGGCGUGGAACUAAUCUUCCAAGUUACGCCUGGGACAGAGGCCCCGGCUGAGAUGAACUUCUUCCUCCCUCAAUUCCAGACGAUGUGCAUGGCCGAGAACGCCACUCAAUGCCUCCACAAUAUUUCGACUCUUCGAGGGGCAGCUGUCAGAGAUGCGCUUGCGUGGUCAUCUUACUUGGAUGAGUCAAUCUCACUUUAUUCAGAGAAAACAGAAGUUGCAUUCGCUUCGCAUCAUUGGCCGACAUGGGGAAAAGAGAGGGUAUGCACCUAUCUCACUCAGCAACGGGACCUCUAUGCCUUUUUGCAUGACCAGACAGUCCGUUUGAUGAACCAGGGACUCACUGGUAUUGAGAUCGCCGAAGACUUCACGCUCCCACCAAAACUCCAGACGGCUUGGCAUACACAAGGCUUCUACGGCUCAGUCAGUCACAACGUCAAGGCAAUCUAUCAACGCUAUAUGACCUGGUUUGACGGUAAUCCAUCUCAUUUGUGGGAGCACCCACCAGUUGAAUCUGCGAGACGCUACGUUGAUUGCAUGGGUGGCGCUGAAGAAGUCAUUAAGAAGGCUCAAGGGUACAUGAAGCAAGGAGACCUACGCUUUGCGGCCACACUUCUGAAUCACGUUGUCUUCUCCGAUACAGAGAACAAAGUCGGGAAAAUUAUGCUGGCUUCAACAUACGAAAGACUCGGCUUCGGCUCUGAGAACGGCCCGUGGCGCAACUUUUACCUGUCUGGUGCUGGUGAGCUACGCGGUCAAACCCUUCAUAAGAAUCUACUCUCCGACCAGAUGGAGAUGCUAAAGGCUCUGUCUCUUCAUCAGCUCUUUGCUUCCAUUGCUGUGCGAGUCGACGGUUAUAAAGCACAGGCACGUGAUUUUAUGAUCGAUUUGUAUGUGACUGAUAUAAAGGAGAAAUGCCGGCUCAUUGUCAGCAAUGGGACUUUGAUCCAUCGGACUGGGUUGAAACUGGGAGAGCCACAGUUUGGUACGGCAGACUACUCAUGCUCGAUGUCCCAUUCUCAGCUGUUGCUGUUGUUAGCCACGGGAGAUUUUGGAGGCAUAGAGAGUGAAUCCGGAGAUCGUUCAUACUUUGCGAAGUUGUUGUCUCUCAUUGUGAGUUUUGAUGAGGAGUUCAACAUUGUUGUACCAUGA